AUGGCGCAGGCGAGUCACAGUGAGGCCCCGAGGGCGGUGCGCUGCAAUGCGCGGUGCUCCCUACUUUGCGGCGGCCUCACCCUGGCGCUGGCCGGCUAUGCGUGCCUGGAGCCGGUCACGGCCCUCUUCGUGCCGGAGCUGGGCUGGUUCCUUCUGGCCCCCGGGCUGCUGGCCCUGCUGCUGGGCACCGCCGGCUGUGCCGCGUCAAGGGGCAGCCCUUCAAAGCUGCUGGAGGCGCAGCUCGCGGUCUUCACCUUCCUGGUAGUGCCGAAGAGCUUGUACUGCAUAUGCUCAGAUGCUGAGAUUUUGGAACGGAUGCUGGCGCUGCCAGAGAUGCUGGGAUAUUGCCAUGGCCGCGGAUGGAUGCUGGAGCUGCUGAGCUGA